UAAUAAACGAGUUUUUAUCAUUCAAAAAUUAUACGAGAAAAACCUAAUAAAAAUAUUUUAAUUCAAGAUGCAUAAUGAUUUUACUUAUUAUGCAGUACGAAGUAUAUAAGGCUUGAAAACAAUCCAAAACACAUACAAGUUGACAACCUAUAGUCAUCAUGAAGAUCGCAGUACUUGGAUUUGUUUUGUUCGUUCUUAUUGUAAACGCUUUAAGUAGUCCAGUGGAAGAAGUGCAGGCCGAAGAACAUAGUCGAGUUAAAAGAUUCUCCUGCGACGUAUUGGGUUCGAUUGAGGCAGGACCAGUUAAACUAAACGAUGCGGCAUGCGCAGCUCGUUGCCUUUUGCAGCGCCACAAGGGAGGAUAUUGUGAUGACCGAAAACAAUGCCACUGCAGAUAAACCAAUUUACACAUUGUUUGUUACAUACAAUUUAUAAAUCUAAUAAAAUCUAAAAUGUCGC